ACAAGUGAUAGAUUCUUCAUUAGCUCGCAUCGAUUCCAUACUUACACCGCUGUUUCAUCCUUAAAAGCAUUGAAGUAUCAGAUCACUCGGACUAUAGCUAUUAUUUCUAGCAGAUGAAGCAACCAAAAGUUGAGGAUCUCUCCCUGGCUUAUAUCGAUUCUAUGUUAUUUACUGCUGCGUCAGAGAUCACACGAUUGGAACAAAUAUAAAAAGGGACUAAGUUUAUUGUUCACCGGUUUUAAAAAAUAAUUUCGAGCAGACGGUCAUGGUUCACGCCUUCAUCAUCCACACACUUCUUCCAGGUUCGAGUCUUGUGCUGCAUUCGUCGACAUUCCGCCAGGAUCCUUUAACUUCGUAUGAGAUCAAGGAAUCGGGAAGCCGAUGGCAUUGCGUCCGGCAGGCCCAGUGGCAGUAUGUCGCAGAUGUGGUUCAUGGCGAAUACCAGUUCCGAAGAACCGUAUCGGGACGAUCAUUGGACGAAGAUCUAGCCAGAGCCACCAACAUCGACAAUGGCUUGGGGCUACCCGAACUGGAGUGUGGUGUCCUCAGGUUAUCCGAACACGCUCCCUAUGCCGACGAGAAGGUCAUCGUUUGGUACGGAGCUGGCACCCUGGCUUUCAGUUUGGUCUGCGAUAAAACCGAGAACCGACUCAUCGCCGAAGUUAUUCUCAAACACAUAGUUCGCUAUCUCCAGGAAUAUCUGCUGGUGUUUAGCCAACCGUCAGAGAUUCUAAACAAAGCCGACUGUAUCAUUCAGAUUCUACAGCAGUUAAUACCAGAUGGCUUGUUAUUAUUUAGGUGUCAACGUGUUAUGAGACAACUUGAGAAAGAACUUGAUAGUUCAAUGAAACAGGUGGACUGAUAUGUCUGAUUUUAUGGCAGGUGUUCUUUGAAUGUCAGUGUUUGACAGCACACACACACACACACACACAUGUACACACUCACACACACACACACAUAUAUAUAGAUAUAUAUGUAUGUAUGUAUGUAUAUGUAUUUAUGCAUAUAUAUAUAUAUGUAUAUAUGCUGUAAUGUUAAGUAGUAUUAUGUGUUAGUUAUGCUGCCAUAUCUCUGCAGUUUAACCAUUGUGGAUGGUUCAAAUGACAUGUGAUGACCUAUUCAUGUGUGUACAUAGCCAUCUUUAAAAAUAGAGUAGACCAUCACAUACUUUUUGAAUGAUCCACAAUGGAGAAACUGUACAGUAAUGAAAGCAGAAAGAACCCAUUACACUCUUCAGCACACACACACACACACACACACACAUAUUAGAUAUUUAUACAUAACAGCACUGUAACAUUCUAUGGGCUGUGCAAUACCAAAUACAUAUUUAACCAAAUAUUAUUAUGGAUAUUAUAUGAAUAAGAACAAAUUCAUAUUUAAACAAAUUUUAUGAAGAAAGCAAAUUUUCACCAAAGAUGAAUUUGAAAAUAUUAUACACUGUAUAAAUUAUAAGGAAUAUAAACGAGUGUAUAUUGGGUCAUAUAUUACUUAAAUAAGAACAAAUUCAUUAAAAAAAAAUAAAAUGAGUUUUCAUCAAAUAUGUAAAUCUAAAAAUAUCAACACUGCAUCUUAUACCUGCAAUGUAAAUGUAUAUAUGUGUGAGUGUGUGUGUGUGUGUGUGUGUGUGUAUAUAUAUAUAAUAUAUAUAUAAUGGGUAUAUUUUUGAUUAAAUAUACAUGAAUAAGUGAAUGUUUUCAUAUAACCAGAACUGAUGUUUAAUAUCUGAUUAAGUUAAUGUUAACAUAUUUAAUGCAGUGGGAAUUAAAAAGCUAAUUAAAAGUAUUUAUGCUGUGAAGAAAAUACAACAUUAUUUAAUGAAUAAUACCAUGUUAAUUUUAUUCACAGUAAAUAUGAGAGACAACUCCAGAUAUGGUUUGAUCUUAUAAGCCCUCCUCAGUGAAGCUGAGACUUCAUGUACUUACCAAAGUAGUGAUGGGAGAAUCACUAGAUAUAUAUAUUAUGGUGCAUGAGUACAUGUAAAAAGAUUAGUAUAUUUCAGAGAAUACAUCACUCGGUAGUUUUUAACUCAACUAUUGUUUUUUCGUGGAUAACAUCUCUGUGUAUAUUUAUUCUCUAAAACAAAUAGCUGUGGUGUAGUAUCCUAAUAUUAUACAAAUACAUAUAUGUUUGAUCAAAUAUUACAUGAGCAGGAGAAAAGAUUUUCAUAGCUUCAUCACUGAUGUUUGCUACAAGCUGUGCAAUAUCCAAAUAUCUUAUGAUUUUUCUGAGUGACUAACUAAAAUGUAAAGAUGGUAUCAAAAUCUGUAUAUGUUACUUUACUGGCCAUGUAAUAUUUUAAAUAUUACACAGCCAGUAAAGUAACAUAUACAGAUUAAUUGUAUGAAGUAGGGAAUGUCAAACCAAAUAUUACCAAAACCAUUGUGUUUAUAUUUGACUUUUGCCUCUCAUCCCUCCAUGGGUGAUAAAACAAGUACCGAUUGUCUAUAUCCCACCCUUACAGAUUCAUAGCCUUGUGCCAAUGUAAAAAUAUUUAUUACAUAAAUUAAUGUAUUUUUGAACAAAUAUAUAUAUAUAUAUAAAUUAAAUGUAUGUUUGACCAAAUGGAUGCUCAUCCAAAUACAAAACUAAAUGUACCUUUAACCAAGUAGAAGUAUACCUGUUUGAAUAUAUAACAAAAUACCUGUUUGAUCAAACAGAAGUUUGUUGUCCAAAUAUUUAACUGUUUGAUGAAAUAAGGGUGUAUUUGUCUAAAAUAUAUAUAAUUAAUUGUAUGUUUGACAAGAUAAUGGUAUGUUUACUCAAGUAUAUAACUAAAUGCAUGUUUGACCAAAUAGAGACUUGUUUGUUUAAAUAUAUAACUGAAGGAAUUAUUUAUUAAGUAUGGGUAUGUUUGUCCAAAUAUAUAACUAAAGGAAUGUUUAAUAAUAUAUAUAUUUAUGAAUGUGUGUGUGUGUGUAUUUUGUAUACAUACACACAAAAACAAAUUUCCUCCUUCACUUCAGAUUUGUGAAUUUCUACCAGUUUCAAUUGGACAUCCAUAUCAACACAGAUGCAUUGAUAAAGAAAACAUAUUUCACCUCCAUUUCUGUUAUAUUUACCUCAUACCCUCACAUAUGAACAUAAUUAAAUGAUUAAAUGGAGUCUUACCAAAUGUAAUGUAAUGAACCAAAUAAAAAUUUUUUUAUCAAUUAAAGUUUACACCCAUAAUAAAAAGACAAACAAAAUUGAUGCUCAUGAUAAUUCUUGCCAAAAGCAAAACAAACAAAUCCCAAAUUCCAAUUGAUUAAAAAUUGAAUGUGAGUCAGGGGUAGGUAUUUUGGGUAAGUACUGUGACAACUCUGGACAUGUUGUUAGACUGCUUCAGCAAGGAAUGGUCUUACAUGUAUUUAUCAGACCUCAGAAUGACUAAGAUAAUGUAUAACUCUUGAGUGAGAUAAAUAUUCAUUGAUUACAUCAUUUAAAAUAUCAUUUGAAAAUUUCCCUUAAAAAGAAACAAAAAUGUUAUUAAAUGGUAGUUAACAUAUUUAAUUUUGUUAUGUUUCAGGGGAUGGUCAUUUUCUUUUUUUUUCUUUUUUCUUUUUUCUUUUUUUUUGGGGCCAAAUAAACACACACACUGUAUAUUUGUUCUUCACUUGUUUAUUACUGUUCUUAUUUUAUCUUAUGUCCAUUGUCUGGAAAUCUUUCAGCACACAUUUAUGACCUCUUCAGCAACCCUUUCCAUCCAUGUGUAUCUUCCUGCUCCACUUAGUUCAUUCUCUCAAAAAGAAAAAAAAAAAUGACCAUCCUGAAAUAUAACAAUAUCUGUUUCAACAGACAGUUUCACAUCAGGAAUUUUGUAACACAAAUUCAUAAAUGUAACAUAUUUAAUGUAAUCUACCAAAUAAAAGGUUGAUUAAGAAAGAAAUGUCUGUUGUAGCAUUAAUGUGUCACAGUGUUUGGAGAGAACAAGUCCUCAUAAUACAACAAGAACAUUUGAUGUGAAUACCAUUAUUAACAUAGUGUUUCAAUGCCAAAUAUUUAUUUCAGCUUCUAUGAAAAUUAUCGCUAUGGAUAUGUUUUUACAAGAUUUCUUUAAAAGAUUAUUUGAUAAACAAUUUAUGUUUUAAUAUGGUCGAUCUUAUAUAGAUAGUAAUUAAUUUAUAAAAAAAGACAUUAGUCUGAAUUUAUAGUCCUGUUUCACCUUACCAGUUGGUCUUUGGAUGUUUUUAGCACUUGGUUGUAGACUUAAUCUGUCAGCUGGUUUAACACAACCAGAUCAUACUCAGAUGCUAUUUAUAGGGUCCAUUCUGUUGUGCUUGAAAGAUAAAGCUUAAUCGGCUGCCCCAUUUAACAUCACUUUAUAGAAGCAGUCCACUCUGUUGCAAGCAGGACUCCAUUCUAAGAAUAAAUCACGGUCACAUCUUCUUGUUCUUCCUACCCACCAUUGAGACACAACAAACGUCAUUGCUGCUUCCCUCCCUCCUCUGACAAAGAUAUAAUUAAUAAGUGUCGAUAUUAUUUCAUUUUUUUUUUCAAAUUCAUUGUAAAAAUAUAAUUGUUCACAUUGUAUUGUAUCAGGUCCUUCCAUGGUGACAUAUUAUAGAAUUUAAAGUAUUUUCUAUGCAACAAAAUUCCUUGAAAUAAAAAUGAUGCUGCUGUAA